AUGUCCACUUCACAGUUGCCCCGCCAAUGGGCGCCAGCUCGACCGUGGUCACGGUUGACCAUGUUGUUGUUCCCAACAAGGGGGAAAGCCCGCAACUGGGGUCGGCCAAUGAGGCACGGCUCUUCCAUUCGUUUCUGGCACGCGCAGUGGCUCGGGCAACAGCCGCCGGGGCACCAGACUCGGCGACCGUGCGUCGAACAGCGCGCGAACGCCUCGAAGCCACGGCCAUCCGGCCCGGGGCUUCGCCGGCUGAUGGCUCGCUUGGGUCUCUCCCAGGCAUUGUGCCAGCCACCUUGGUUGGCGGUCGUCUGGGCUUUGUCAUUGAUGGCGAGCAGUAUGUCAUCGACAGUGACGACGAGGCAGACGAGCCGGAGGCCGGGCCACUCCGGCUGGUCACCCCGGGAUGGGUUGCGAUUAUCACCCAGCGCGACCCACAUGGCCGCCUUUCCAUUGAGUAUCAACCAGCCAAUGGCCUGGAGCUCGAUUGACUCGCCCUCCCCCUCUUUCCCUCUCCGACAACAGACGGAUCCAUCCCCGUGUCCCGUGUUUUCCACCUCACUGCUGAUGGGGAAACCCUCUCGCCUGGAGCAGGGGAUCAACAAACUACCGAUUUCUGCCGCUCACAGUGCACACGGGAAAUAUUACCAUUUAUAA